AUGUCCCAAAUCAAACCCCUACAGCAAGCGCAUUCCAUGUUGAACGAUGACAGGUUGGGCUCGGGUAUGGACAGUCCAUUCGGGCUGAUCGUGCCACAAGGUGGUCUCACUGGUGGUCCGUUGACCUACCUGACCCAUGAUCUCCAACUAGGUCAACCCGGUCCGAUAGUCCGAGAGGGUGGUCCAACUUCUCGACUUCUCCACGUGGAGAUCCCGGUCGAUGGGGAUUUCAAGGCAGACGAUUUGUGCGUGAGUGUGGAUGCGAAUCCUCUGGUGAUGACGGGUCGUCGCGAGGCCAAUGAGGAUACUGACAGUGUUCGUAAUAGUGCAUCAGUUCAUUCGUUCCUAUAUGGUGCCGGGGACGGGAGAUCGAUUAUAGAUGGAAUGUGUUGGCAACACGCCAUCAAGUCUAUCGCGAUAAUCAUUCCCAGUCGUCUGGUUGGCCAGGAUCUCGUGGUUGUUUUGACUGGCGCAGGUAAGAAAGAUGAAUCCCAACUGGUGCAACUAGAAGGAUCUUCACGUUACCUUGGCUUGACGUCGGUCAUGUUUCAGGCUGUUUGCCCUUCCACUGAGUGUAACUGA